UCAACUUCUCAGCCACUGCCUGCUGAUUCUGCUGUCAAUCCAGAGCUACAGGACUUCAGGACAGAUUUACAGGUAGCUCAGGUACUUUCUAAUCUCACUGAUACCUUUAAUAUUGAUAUUGCAGAUUUUGAUUGUGAUAUUGGAUUUGAUUUCCAGACUCCCAGCAUUGAACCUGUCAACACCCAGGUUCAUAUCCAAGCUGAUGUUUCCACUUCAACUACUGAUUCUUCUUCAAACACUUCAAACAACACUACUUCUACACCAGUUGUUCGAAAGGUAGCCCGGAAACGGAGUGGGAGUGCAAUUCUGAGAGAACCCGCAGCUCUGUCUCAUAAGAAGCAAAGGGUGGCAGAACCGGAGACAACUGCAGCCACAUCCAUUUCCUCCCAAAAGGAUUUGGACACUGACAUGGAUCUACUUGGCAACCUGCAAGUACAUCCGCCUUCACAGGCAUUCGGAGGACAAUUUGUUUCUUCACCUCCUACAGUUCCAUCUCAGGGAACUAUGGUUGUAUAUACAGGUACUGGUGACGGUGUGACAAACACGAGUGAAAUCAGGCAAACACCGAGCGAAACACAUGCACGAGAGGAUAGUGAAAAAUCUUUGAGUGUUCGUGAGGUGAGUGCACACACCAACACAGAUCUGCUACAGGAACAAAUGGCUGCUCUGAGAGCUGAGAUUGCAAGGUUAAAUGCUGAGAAUGCCAGAUUCAAAAGUGGAGAGUUGGUGACUCUAAAAGAAAAGGCUGGUGAUCCUUCUUUCUCUUCCCUCAAACAGGAAUUAGAUGCUCAUGUCAAGGGUAUUCACUCUAGGAUGGACAAAUUUGAUACAACUCAGGAGCUCUGUUUGACGAAGCUUGACAACUUGGAGCAAACUUUGGCUCAAGUUGUUCAACACUUAAAGAUCAAUCCGUCAACAUCUCAGUCUACUCCAGAGGAUCCCUCAACUAAGGGGGAGAAGGAUAAGGAUGACAAAGAUAAGGAUGACAGCAAUGCUGGUGGUGGUGGCAAUGGUGGUGACAAGGGUGGUGAUACUGAUAGGGGUGAUAAGGGUGGAGUAGGAGCAAGUGAAAAGGACUCUUCUGCAGCUAGCAAGUCUAAAGGCAAAAUGCCUGAAACUGAGAACAUCUUCACUAAUCAGGAUUAUGACAACAUUCCUGAGGAUGUUGAUGAUGAUGAUGCAUUUGACUCUGCUUAUUUUGAAGCUGAGGAAGAAGGUCGUUUCGAGGAAGGCUUUCUUUUCAAUGAAGAUCAGUCUGUAGAUCCUGAGCACAUGGAAAAGGUCAAGAUGUUCAAAGCUCAACAUGAAGCUAGCAAAGCAAAGCUUCAGGAACUGCAGAAACUGGUAGAUGAGAAGAGGACAACUGAUGAGUUGGUCAAGCUGGAGAAACAGAAACUAUGGGAUGCUAAGUGCAAGGAAAAGAGAGAGGAUAUCUCCAGAAAAGUUGGUGAAAGCUGGGAUAUUGCAAGGCAAAUCCUCUCUGGACCUCAAAGGGAACCUUUCAAUGAUGGUAAAUUCAAAUCCUUCAUUUAUGACCUGAGAGAGGCUAACCCUAAUGAAGAUAUGUUUAUGCGUGCUCUUGCUCUCGAGUUAGAAUAUAUAACUAUUGGUGUCAAGAAUCUUCUCAAUGAAUGGGAGAUCAUUAUUUCUACUCAGAGAAACGGAACAUUCAGGGUUUCAAUUGAUUUAUUCAAGUUUCUAUCUCUAACUGAAAUCUGGGUUGUUCGUAACAAGAUCAGACGCAGUUCAAAUCUGAAUGAACUCCUUCGUGACAAACUUAUGGAUUGUGCUAUUCAUAACAGUCCACAAGUUGUCAGAAAGCCUUACUGUGUCAAGUUCAUUCACGAGAGAAAAUUUGGAACCUUCUACCUGGACCACCAACAUCUUCUUAAGUAUGAUGUGAGUCAGUUGGUUCUUGUAUCUACAAUUCUACGUACCAAGGGCUUCGCUACUAAGGCCAAAGCUGAUGCUGAUACUGAGAUUGUGAACUACUGCACAAGGAGAAAUAUUCAGCAAUACUUCAGGAAGAUGAAGUAUAUCAACCAAUCUCAGCCAGCAGAUUUCAUCGAAGACCCUGUGGAUAUUGAGGUUCAAUAUUAUCUCUCAUUGGCUCGUGAAAGAAAGAAGCGUGGAGAAUCCACUGCAGCUGAAGAGCCUACUCAGAAUGAGCCUUCUACUCCAAUCAUUCACUGUUCAGAUGCAGAGGAAGGAGAAGUCACUCGUUCUGAGUGAAUAGAUUGAUUAGGAUAUUUUGUUAGAUAUGUUCAAGGAACAUCCUUUUGUAAUCUAUUAUGAAUAUGGUUUAAUGUUCAAUGCAAGCCAUAAACUUUUGCUAUUUACAUUCCAUUGUUUAAAUCUUUGUCUUAUCUGUUAGUUGAGUUAUCCUCUAGGAAAUUUGCAUGUUAUGUUAACAAACAAAUAGGGGGAGAUUGAAAGGCAUAUGUUCAGCCUAUUUGUAUUUAAAGAGGUACAACUCAAUUCAGAUAAGAAAGCUCAGUAAAUAGCAAGUCAACGGAAUCCGUACGAAUAACGUCAAAUGAUUUAUGGGAAUUAUAUGUCAGAUAAAUUCCAGGAUGCUGCUGCACACCACUGAAAGAAGUUCAUUAAUAUGUUCAAGCCUCAGUGCACAAAUAAUCUUUUGUGGCACGUCCAGGAUUUCAGAAGACAUAAAGUUUCUAUACUUUAUUUUAUCAGAAGAUUCCAGUUAAUGAAGAAGUACUUACAAGACGAAGACUCGACGAACAAAUCAAAUUCUUAAUGUUUAUUUGACAAAGAAUAUUUGAGUUAACUAGAUACAGAUGAACCAGACAGUGCAUCUGUGUAUCAGUUAUUCAAAUUGAAUAUUUGAAGUCAAGCAGAGUUGGUGGUUCGUUCGUUCGACUGAUCAAGACGGAGUUAUUAAUGUUUAAAGAAGACGGGAAGCAAUUCUACUGAAGAAUGGGUG